AUGAUCGAGAUACCGACGUCACCGUCGCCCGUACCGUCCGUGGUGUUUGCGCUGGUUGCGCUGUUCUGCAUUUCGGUCGUCGCGCUCCUCAUCUUGCGAUACUACCUCCCGUUGCGCACCACCCCCGCCUACCUCCUCGUGCCCGUCUUCUUUGCGCUAUGGCUUCCCGCGAGUAUGGUACUGCUGGUCCCAAUAGAUUUGGCGUCCAGCGCCAUGGUCGAUGAUAUUGAUGCCCGGGGCAUAUGGUUGAAUUGGGCGACACUCAGGGUGUCGUGGAGGGUGACGUACUGGCUUACUUUUGCGCUGACCUGGUUCAUUCUCCCCAUACUUGGCGAAUAUUCCGAUUCAGGCUACCGUGAACCAAAAGCGAAGCUCCUCGACUCGCUCCGCGCGAAUGCUCAGUACUAUGCCAUCGUUUUCGGGACCGGCGCCCUCGGGCUCAUCUACGUUUUCGUGUCCUACCAUCACUUCUCCGAGUCGCUUAAGAGCACCGUCAUGGCCCUCGCAUACUGCUGGGGUUUGAUCCUGGCCAUCUACCUCAUGGGACACGGCCUCGUCUCCAUCCCCCGUCGGUUAUUCCGCAACGCCAACAUUAGCGGCAGGUUGCGCCGCAUCCAAGUACAUGCGCCCAGAGUCUACGAGAAGAUGGACGAUGCCGAGAUCGACCUGGAGGAUCUUGAGAUGCAGGUGGCCGAGCUCAGCCGCCGCAAGGGAGGCAGUGCCAGUUUCUUCCAGGAUUGGAUUGAGGAGCUGGUCGACCUGACCAACCUCCCCGAGUCGCAGCCCGGACGGGUGAGCGCAGUCAGGGGCUCGGGAAAUCAGGGUUCAAUUCCGAACGUGAUCACCGAGAAGUACCUCGCUGAACUUACUAGGCGUCUGGUCAGGGCGAGACAUGCUCGGUCAAGAUAUGUGAACGAAUGGAACCGGUUGCUGGAGGAUGCUGUCAAAACGCAAGCGAUUCUGGACUCAGCGGCCUCUAAGAAGCUAGAUUUUGGUAAUGUCUCACCGAACGCCGGCUUUUGGGACAGGCACACCGUCUUCACGCCCUACACGCGCUUCCUGUUCCACUACCACUUCGUUCCGUAUCUGCAGCUCGCCCUCGCCUCUACUCUCUCCUUAGCAUCAGCUUGUAUCGUCUGGUCCGAGCUGGUCAAGGGUCUAUUCCCACAGCUUUCCGUUAUUCGCUACAGCGUCAUCCACCAUCAAGUCAGCGGGAAAGGCCAAGUCGGCUUUGCGGGCCAGGUCAUUGCCGCCCUGUGGAUGGUCUACAUGUGCGCAUCCGCUCUGAUUUCCAUCACCGAAGUCAAGGUCUGGCGCGGCCGCGCCCUUGUGCGCCGCAACACCGCCCAGGAGUCGGCGUUUUGGUACGCCAGCCAAGUCGCCCGCCUCAGUGUGCCCCUCACCUACAACUUCAUGACUUUCCUCGGCACCAUCUACCGCGACACUGUGUUCUAUGACUUCCUCGGCCAGCUCAUCAACCUCACCCCGCUAGGCACCUGGUUCGACUACCUCUUCCCGGCUUUCAUCCUCCUCCCCGUCUGCGCCGCCUUGUUCGGCCUCUACGGCAAAAUCAAGCGCGUCGUAGGCUUCGGCGUCGACGUGCUCGACGACGACGACGAAAGUGAAGACAGCGACGCGCGAGGCACCGCCUUCGGCACCGGUUCCUGGCGCGAGGGCCGCGACCUCAUCGCGCGCGAACUCAACGGCACCUCGGCCGCCAUCCGGGCACGCCGCAGCGACGUUCUCGGUGGCGGCGCUGCGGGAAGCCGUUCCAGCCCUGUCCUCUCCAUCCCUCGCUCCGGCCGCCGAGACGGCAACAACGGUAGCGUCGGCCCGGGCCCCACCACACCGUUUGGCACUUCGCCCUCUGCCGGCAUCUCUGGCCCGUCCAGCCGACCGCAGGCGAAUACCUCGGCGAGACGGGUCGGCCGGGGCCCUGCGGGUGUGAAUCUGGAUGAGGCUGAUGACAAUGAGAAUUUCUUUGAGGCACUGGGCCACCGGAUGAAGAAUACCAUUGAUACCUUUGACACACCCAGGUGGUUACAGGAUAUCGGGCAAGGAAUCAAGAAGCCGAAGUGGAUGGCAGGAGGCGAUGAGGAUGGGCAUGGGAGUAGCGGUGCUGGUAGUAGUAGUAGUGGGGGAGGAGCCGGUUCGGACGUGAGGAGGUGGUUUGGAGGUGGGAAUAGUGAAGGGAGGAUAAGGUUGUGA